CUGGGGUGGUGGUGUGCGCGGCUGCCAGGCUCAGCCCACAGGGCUAUGUGGGAGCCCCGGGCUGAGGCGUGCGCGGCGGGGUUCGGGGGCGCUCUCCUCCUGACGCUCUUCGCUCUGGUGCUCCGCCAGCUCCUGAGGCAGAGGCGACCGACCGCUUUCCCCCCGGGGCCGCCGCGGCUGCCGUUCAUCGGCAACAUCUAUUCCCUGGCCGCCUCUGCAGAGCUGCCCCACGUCUACCUGCGGACGCUGAGCCAGGUGUACGGCGAGAUUUUCAGUUUGGAUCUUGGAGGCAUAUCAACGGUGGUUCUAAAUGGCUAUGAUGUAGUAAAGGAAUGCCUGGUUCAUCAAGGUGAAAUUUUUGCUGACAGACCAUGCCUUCCUUUAUUCAUGAAGAUGACAAAAAUGGGAGGCUUACUCAAUUCCAGAUAUGGCCGAGGAUGGAUUGAUCACAGAAAAUUGGCUGUUAACAGCUUUCACUAUUUUGGAUGUGGUCAAAAAUCUUUUGAAUCUAAAAUCUUAGAAGAAACUCAAUUUCUCAUUGAUGCUGUUGAAACAUACAAAGGUAGAGAUUUUGACUUCAAGCAACUAAUAACAAAUGCUGUUUCAAACAUAACUAAUCUGAUCCUUUUUGGAGAACGACUCACUUAUGAAGACACUGGCUUUCAGCGCAUGAUUGAGUUAUUUAGUGAGAAUGUGGAACUAGCAGCCAGCGCCUCAGUCUUCCUGUACAACGCAUUUCCAUGGAUUGGCAUCUUACCUUUUGGAAAACAUCAAAAGCUAUUUAGAAAUGCAGACAUGGUCUAUGAUUUCCUCUCUAGACUUAUUGAAAAAGCUUCAGUCAACAGAAAGCCUCAAUUACCCCAGCAUUUCAUUGAUGCUUAUUUAGAUGAGAUGGAUCAAGGUAAAAAUGACCCUUUAUCUACUUUCUCCAGAGAAAACCUCAUUUUCUCAGUGGGUGAACUUAUCAUUGCUGGAACCGAAACUACAACCAAUGUUCUACGCUGGGCUAUUCUUUUCAUGGCUCUUUAUCCUAACAUUCAAGGACAAGUUCAUAAAGAGAUUGAUUUAAUUAUGGGCCCCAGUAGAAGGCCUUCUUGGGAUGACAAACGCAAAAUGCAUUAUACUGAAGCAGUUUUGCAUGAAGUUUUAAGAUUCUGUAAUAUAGUUCCACUGGGGAUUUUUCAUGCAACCUCUGAAGAUGCAGUUGUACGUGGUUAUUCCAUUCCUAAAGGCACAACAGUAAUUACAAAUCUUUAUUCUGUACAUUUUGAUGAAAAAUACUGGAAAGACCCAGACAUGUUCUAUCCUGAGCGAUUUCUGGACAGCAAUGGAUAUUUUACUAAAAAGGAAGCUUUGGUUCCUUUUUCUCUAGGGAGAAGACACUGUCUUGGAGAACAGCUGGCUCGGAUGGAAAUGUUCUUAUUUUUUACAGCAUUGCUUCAGCGAUUUCAUUUGCAUUUUCCACAUGAACUAGUUCCAAAUCUAAAACCCAGGUUAGGCAUGACAUUGCAGCCCCAAUCCUAUCUCAUCUGUGCUGAAAGACGCUGAAAGUGCAGAAAAUGUAGUGGAAUCAAUAUUGGUGUUUGGAUCAAAGCCACAGUUUUAUAAAACUGAACGAGCACAGUUGUGUUGUUAAAACAGCACUAGAGCAAUAAUGAGGAUCAGCUAGGAUCCCUUUUCCAACUUCAAUGAAUUCUAUUGUAGGAUUCUCUGUUGAGGAACAUUAUGUUACACUGAUGCUAAAAAGGGCCAUGGAUCCCUUUAAACAGAGCUGCUUGUUUAGUAUAAUGUUCCUCUCACCUGGCUCCAUCCCGGACAACUUUGCUUCUAAGUACUGAUCCUUUAUGAUCAGGUAUUGGGAUCAGUUGACUGUGGUAUCAGUCCAGGACUAAAGAAGAAAGUAAAACCCAACUAAAUGAUUGUGGGCUACAGAGGUAUUUAAAAUAUGAAAGUAUAUUUAAUGUGGACCCUUCCAGUGCUUUCAAAUGUUGCUGUUCUUAAGAACUGUGCAUUCUUCCUAGAAACAGGCUCUUUGAUCCCUGAGCAUCCAUUCUUAUAGCAGCAGGCCAGUGAGUAGGAAGUGACAAUAUAUGUUUGGAAUAAAAAAUGAUUCAUGA